AUGUCGGACGCGCCGGCGAGCCUGCCGGGCGGCGGCUUCGGCGGCAUCAGGGAGCAGGACAGGUUCCUGCCCAUCGCCAACAUCAGCAGCAUCAUGAAGAAGGCCAUCCUGGCCAACGGCAAGAUCGCCAAGGACGCCAAGGAGACCCUGCGGGAGUGCAUCUCGGAGUUCAUUGCUUCAUCGCCAGCGAGUGAGGCGAGUGACAAGUGCCAGAGGGAGAAGUGCAAGACCAUCAACAUCGAUGACCUGCUCUGGGCGAUGGCCAUGCUAGGCUUUCAGGAGUACAUUGAGCCCCUCAAGGUUUAUUUGCAGAAUUACAGAGAGGUGCAUGCCCAUUUAGCCAUGUGGGAUUUUUUUAUCUGAACUAAUUGGGGAUGGAUUAGUGCUUUGAGAGUUAGGUAGGUCCAUGAUAGUUUAAUAUGUUGCUGUUGUAGCCUGAAAAGCUCUGUUUGGCACUUUUGUUAGUCCUAGUUGGCAAAUUUAAACACUCAUGUUCAGCUUGGUGACUGAUGAGACCCC